AUGGCUCCCGCUGUCGGUAUCGAUCUUGGAACCACCUACUCCUGCGUGGGUGUCUUCCGUGAUGACCGCAUUGAGAUCAUCGCCAACGACCAGGGUAACCGUACCACCCCCUCGUUCGUCGGUUUCACCGACAGCGAGCGUCUCAUCGGUGAUGCCGCCAAGAACCAAGUCGCCAUGAACCCCCACAACACUGUCUUCGAUGCCAAGCGUCUCAUUGGUCGCCGUUUCCAGGAUGCUGAGGUUCAGGCUGAUAUGAAGCACUGGCCUUUCAAGAUCGUCGAUAAGGCCACCAAGCCCAUUAUCGAGAUCGAGUUCAAGGGUGAGGCCAAGCAGUUCACCCCUGAGGAGAUUUCCGCUAUGAUCCUCGUCAAGAUGCGUGAGACCGCUGAGGCCUACCUCGGUGGCACCGUCAACAACGCCGUCAUCACUGUUCCUGCCUACUUCAACGACUCUCAGCGUCAGGCCACCAAGGAUGCCGGUCUCAUUGCCGGCCUUAACGUCCUUCGUAUCAUCAACGAGCCUACCGCUGCCGCCAUUGCUUACGGUCUCGACAAGAAGGUUGAGGGUGAGCGCAACGUCCUGAUCUUCGAUCUGGGUGGUGGUACUUUCGAUGUCUCCCUCCUGACCAUCGAGGAGGGUAUCUUUGAAGUUAAGUCCACUGCUGGUGACACUCACUUGGGUGGUGAGGACUUCGACAACCGUCUGGUCAACCACUUCGUCAACGAGUUCAAGCGUAAGCACAAGAAGGACUUGACCACCAACGCUCGUGCCCUCCGUCGUCUCCGCACUGCUUGCGAGCGUGCUAAGCGCACCCUGUCCUCUGCUGCCCAGACCUCCAUCGAGAUUGAUUCUCUGUUCGAGGGUAUUGACUUCUACACCUCCAUUACCCGUGCCCGUUUCGAGGAGCUUUGCCAGGACCUCUUCCGCGGCACCAUGGAGCCCGUUGAGCGUGUUCUGCGUGAUGCCAAGAUUGAUAAGUCUUCCGUUCACGAGAUUGUCCUCGUUGGUGGUUCCACCCGUAUCCCUAAGAUCCAGAAGCUCGUCUCCGACUUCUUCAACAAGGACGCCAACAAGUCCAUCAACCCCGAUGAGGCCGUUGCCUACGGUGCUGCCGUCCAGGCUGCUAUCCUGUCCGGUGACCAGUCUUCUAAGUCUACCAACGAGAUCCUGCUUCUCGAUGUUGCCCCUCUCUCCCUCGGUAUUGAGACUGCCGGUGGUGUCAUGACUCCUCUGAUCAAGCGCAACACCACUAUCCCUACCAAGAAGUCUGAGACCUUCUCCACCUACUCCGACAACCAGCCCGGUGUUCUGAUCCAGGUCUUCGAGGGUGAGCGUGCUCGCACCAAGGACAACAACCUCCUCGGAAAGUUCGAGCUUACUGGCAUUCCCCCCGCCCCCCGCGGUGUUCCCCAGGUUGAGGUUACUUUCGAUGUUGAUGCCAACGGUAUCAUGAACGUCUCCGCUCUCGAGAAGGGUACCGGCAAGUCCAACAAGAUUACCAUCACCAACGACAAGGGCCGUCUCUCGAAGGAGGAGAUCGAGCGCAUGCUUGCUGAGGCCGAGAAGUACAAGGAGGAGGAUGAGGCUGAGUCCUCCCGUAUUCAGGCCAAGAACGGCCUUGAGUCCUACGCCUACUCCCUCAAGAACACCCUUUCUGAGGGCAAGCUCCAGAUCUCCGAGGAUGACAAGAAGAAGGUCGAGGACAAGAUCUCCGAGGUCAUCAGCUGGCUCGACAACAACCAGACUGCUGAGAAGGACGAGUACGAGUCCCAGCAGAAGGAGCUCGAGGCUGUUGCCAACCCCAUCAUUUCCGCUGCCUACGGUGGCCAGGCUCCCCCUGGCGCUGCCCCUGAGGGUGGUGCCCGCUCCGCCGAUGAGGUUGAGGAGAAGCCCGAGGAGCUUGACUAA